GCGACGUGGUUAGGGUUAGGGUUUUGGGUGGCGGCGCGCGAGGGAGAAACAGCAGCUGCAGGAGAGGAAUGGGCGUGUUCACUUUCGUGUGCCGUAGCUCCGGUGGGGAGUGGAGCGCGAAGCAGCUCUCCGGUGACCUCGAGGGCUCGGCCGCUUCGACCUUCGCCCUCCAGCGGCAGCUCGUGCAAGCCGCGCUGGCCGUCGACUCGUCCGGUGGGGUUCAAUCCUCCUUCUCCAUGGUCUCCCCUACAUCCGCUGUGUUCCAGGUAAUAAUUGGCGGAGGUGGUGGCGGUGGGGCGUUCAUCGGAGGUGGUGCCCCCUCAGUUGGUGCUGCAGCUGGUGGCGGUGCUGCUGCUCCCGAGGCACCUCCCGCUGAGGAGAAGAAAGAAGAGAAAGAGGAGAGCGACGACGAUAUGGGUUUCUCCCUCUUUGAUUAGUUUGGCCGCUUAAGGAGCGUAUCAUGAGCUUGUGGAUGGUCGCUAUGAACAAAGCUAAUGAGCAUAGGGUGAUCCCAAAUCUCAUUAACUGUUAAGCAUAUCUCUAUAUAUUCAAGGUUUGCACGGCCAGGUUGAUGUG